AUGUUCUUAAACAAUCAAAACUACGACGCUGAUGAAUUCACAGGGAUUUUCAGCGAGCAACUCGUUGACCCUUUUCAAGAGCAAAUUAUUGCAAGAUCACCUAUAUCUUACGAAGAGGAAGACAAGAACUCCUUGUUGGUUGAAGACCACUAUGAGCUGACUUAUGAUGAAAUGAAGCAAAUAAAUUCAUUUAUGGGCUGCUAUCAGGAUAAUGCCUUUGUUAAGAGUGAUAGUGCAAAGCAGAAACUUGGAUAUUUCUUAGACGAUAAUGCACCUGAAAUUCCAUAUGACUUGCUGUCUAACCUUCCACUUCCAAACACCGAAGAUAAUACUUUCGGGGUUGAUGCAACUGCACAAGCUGCUAGGCAUUGUAAUUCAUCAGUGCAGAACCCAGCAACCCACACUAACCAGAGAAACAAGUGCUCUGCUCCAAAAUAUGGUGAUAGAAGAGAUGUUAUUUAUAAGAAUCUCCUCAGAGCAGUCAGGACUAUUCUUUGUGAACAAUUCAGAGAGUUAUCUACUGGAGCUCACUUUUCCAGAAAAACCACCGGCUGUGUGGUGUUUAAGAUGAAAAUUGAACAAUUCUUGGAAAAAGAUAAAAAAUUCAAACAAUUUGUUCCUGAGGUAUUUGGAGAAGGGCCAAACGGUAUGCAGUACUUUACAGAAGUAUUAUCUAUCUUUUUGGAAGAAUCUUGGUAUUAUCCUAACAAAAGGAAGGAGAUGAAAGAAGCUACUAAGAUUCUUAAGAAAUGAACUAAAUCAUUUACGAUUGGCUGCUAUACAAAGUUAUUCAAAUUUAGAGGGAUCCAAUUAUUCUUCAACCUCCUCUUGAAAUCAGGUUUCAUUCAAGAAAUCAUUAACCAAAGAGAUAAUAUGCAGAAAUGUCCUGACAGAUAUAUUGAAGGGGUCGAGUCUAUUAUAAACUUCUCGCAUCACCCAUUUCUGAUGAAAUAACUCAUUAUUACUACCUAAUUUAAUCGUGCAUUUUAAUAAA